AUGAUCUGCCACACAGGACCAACGAAGCCUGCCCUGGUGCUGCUCUGCUGUGUAGGAACCUGGCUGGCCAUCUGCAGCCUAUCCUUUGGUGCGCCAACAGCAACUAUGAUAAAAACUAUACUUGAACUGCUGAAACUGGAGUCUAAGGAACUUUAUGAAGACUAUAGCAAAAAAGAUGCGGAUGGGCUGCCAACAAACGAGUCCCUCCAGCUGCCAUGUUUCACCCUGGGCUACGAAGCGUCAACCAGUAUCUCAACCAUCCAAGUGUAUCUGGAGACAGCCAAAAGGCUGAGCGACAACAGAGCAGACACCACUAAUGUCACAAAACGGCUGGACGACAUCAGGUGUUCCAAUCCACCAAAACCAAGCAUUUCUGAGCCUGAAGAUUUCCAUGAACGCAAAAUCUUUACACUGACUGUUUUGAAACGGUUCUCAGACUGCAUGGCAAAACUGGAGGCUAAGGACAGGAUAUGCUGA